AUGCCUCCCCAGACUCCCCGGUCCAACGCCAAACCUGGCGUCAGCAUCACCCCGUCCUUCACCUUUGGAUUGGGCCUACUGCCAUCUUUCCGUUUCGGCAGUCCUCGAAACAUCAACCUCUUGAGCUCCUUGUCGCCACAGCGCUUUUUCAACAAGUUUGCUAAGGAAAAGAAGGAGAAUCCUUUUGAUCUGAACGAUGUCGCCGCUUCUCCAAAAGACGGCUUCGAGCACUCCGACACCAUGAACGAUCUGGCUGACAUCUGGUCCUUGACUAACGACUCACAGUACCAAUCACUUUCGCUAAACCUCACCUCCGUCAACGAGAUUCCUUCCCCCAAGUCGUGUGAGCCGUUCUUGUCGCCUCAUGACAUCUUCCUCAAGAAGCCAGUCGAGAUGAAGGAGCCCAAGUCUUCUCCAGUCACGAAGGACGACUCUCCUCAAUCCACAUCCUCCCUCAAGAGGAAGCGGCUGAUCGAGGAUUCUCCUUGCACGGCCGUUGUGGCAGAGAUCAGCAAGUCCGACUCUCCAGAGAACUCCUCUACCGCCUAUGAUAAUCUCGACAAGGCCACCAAGGAGCUCUGGUUUGCAGAACUAGACGACGUGUUGGUGCGCUGCCAUAAAAAGUACAAGACUUUCAAAGCGGGCCAGUCUCCCGGCUCCACUUUGACCAAAUUGACAUCGCAGAACCAAGUGCUCUCAAAAAUGCUAUAUAAUAAAACGGGAGUCCGCCGGUCUUCCAAGCAAAUCGCAUCUCGUUUGUCUCGACUCAGGAAGGUGGAGACGACGAAGCAGGCCAGGUCUCUUCAAGAUAGUAUCACAACAUUGAGCCUGGAACCGCAAAGUCCGCAAGCGCCACCAUUGGAUUUCGCCUUCAAGAAAAUGGAAUUGUCCUUCACUUACAAGCGUGCCGUUCAGGGUGUUCAUGAAUUCCUUCUUCUUAAGGAUACUCCUACCAAUUGCCCAACCAUUCCGGCUGAGGACCUUGAAAGAGAAAUGUCUUCGAACAACCGGAGAUACAAGGAAGAUUUAGAUCGCAUCAUUCCACAGCUCGGGGACAUUCCCGUGUAUUUCAUUUCGGGUGCUAUGAACUUGAAGCCAGCAGAGGGUCUGACUUCGACACCCGUGUCCCCUUUGACAGAUCCAGCUCUGUUUUGCAUUGAUAAUGGUGACUUCCUGUCCUUCCUCGAGUUUAAGGUCUCUGCUGGCCAGAGCGGUGCUCAGAUGCUCACAUGGAAAUCCUUGACCACCAUAUACAAAGACGAAGACAAGGUUUUGUUGAGUACAAGAGAACAGAUUAAUGGCUACAGAGCCCUGGACAACACUUUCGAUUUACAAGUGCCUUUCAUGAACCACUUUUGGUCGGGUUAUCUCACAUUCUUGUGCAAUGGUUCGAACAACUCAAACGACGUGAAGAAUAUUCUUAUUACUCAAGUCAUUUACGAGGGCGAAAAUGAGACGAAUGGAAUAAUUCAUGGCGUCUUAACUUAUGAAUUUGACGUUACCACAAGCGGAUCAAGUGGUGGAAAUGUGCGUGUCAUGAAGGUGCAGAAAGUUGAUAAAGCUGCCGAUGACGACUCGGACGAGAAUGCCACAGUGCUUGUGCACUCAUCCCCAUUGAAGGCAUCACCAUUCAAGAUCUCUCCACUGAAGAGUGAUCUUAGAGUGAACACUGAAUUGGCAAACCAAGGUAUCAAUGAUGCUCCCCAAAGUGUUCCCACCUAUAAUGCAUCUUUGGUUCACCAGUUCAACCCCAACUACGAUGCAAGAAUGUCCCAAGAGAUGCAAAGUAGACAAAUGAUGCAUAACGCUAUGCACGUACCUCCACCAGCCCAAUCGAGGACACCACUCACUGCAGUCGAUCCACCCACGGCACCCCAAUUUCAUCAAGCAUCUGCUGGACAGAUGCCACAGAACUACAAUGCCGGGUUCGUGCCAACAUGGAACACAAAUACGCAGUAUAAUCAGCAUGUGCAUCCACAAAUGGUAGCACAAGCUGCUGCAAUGCAAGCAGCAGCUCAAUCCAUGCCACAAAACAUGGGUAACGGUAAUGCAUCCAUUGCCACCGAACAGAUGAGUUCUGAGAAGUACGUUCCUGUUGGACCACCUAAUCCUAAUAUUGCCAACAACAAUCAAGUUGUGAUGAUGCAGAGAAGAAGUGAUGUGACAGAGGAUGAUAUGAGUAAUGGUAACAUGAUGCAAGCGAGACCUAAUUGGCAGGCUCAGAUGCCUCAAAAUGUCGCAGGACAGUUCAUGAACCAACCUUGCAUCAACUCUGCCCCUGCAUCUCAAUUGCACUUCUUCCCACGCAAUGAUUCCAGGUCCAAUCCAAUGCCAGGUGCUCCAAAAGCUCCUGAGAAUAGCGGCAAGUCAAACAAUAAUAACAUCACAUUUGGCCCCAUCAUGGGCUAUGAUCCUCUGAGGGAUAGCAAGCCGCAGCCCAAGAAACAGAAGGGCGGUAUGAACAUCCACAAGUUCUCAUUGAACCCACAGAUCAUGUACAAACCCAAGAAACAAUAG